GCGUAUAAUGGGCGUAAAUGUAUGAGGAAAUGCGGAGGUGUCAGGGAUUCAUCAGUCGAGCAAUUUUUUAAUAUGCUCUUCACAGUCUAGUCGAAUACACUCCCUUUUUUUUUUAUAUUGUUGCGAUGCUUCAAGUUUUAGGUCUUUUUUUAGCUCUCCACUCAGCUGUCGCUUCCACUUGUCACCAAAGUCUUUUGUCUCUUUUUUUCUCCUGCCGAGGCCCCAAAUGUGGGCUAACUGGACCGGAGAGAAAAUGUCAUCAGGUUUUUGACACUCUUUUCCUUAAGUUCAGGCUUGGAGUAUGACAUGGCGUAUUUAUUUCGUCCUCCGACAUUUUCAAACCAAAACAAUUAGCCUUGGACGUGACCCAUGGCGUCCUCAAAAGCAGAUACCGGAGUUGGCAAUGACAAUAAUUGUCCCAAAGAAAAUAUCAGUAGCAGCGAUUCGUCGAGUGACGCAUCAGACAAUCACCAGAUUUAUUGCCUUGAUGACCUGGUGAGCAUCGCCGUAGUAGGUACAGGAACUUUUGGCCGAGUAUAUCUGGUUCGAGACAAGAACAGCAGGACCUUUUAUGCCCUGAAACAAAUGAGGAUCCCUGAUGUGAUUCGCCUGAAGCAGGAGCAGCAUGUACACAACGAGAAGGCAGUUCUGAAAGAGGUCAAGCAUCCCUUCCUCAUACGACUGUUUUGGACACACCAUGACGAAUGCUUCCUUUAUAUGUUGAUGGAUUACGUGCCUGGCGGUGAGCUGUUCAGCUACCUUCGGAGCCGAGGCCGCUUCAGUAACUCCACUGGUCUGUUCUACGCUUCUGAGAUAGUCUGUGCUAUCGAGUACCUCCACUCCAAAGACAUAGUUUACCGUGACCUGAAGCCAGAGAACAUCUUGCUGGACAGGGAAGGGCACAUCCGCCUGACUGACUUUGGUUUUGCAAAGAAGCUCUCGGAUAGAACCUGGACUCUAUGUGGCACUCCAGAGUAUCUUGCUCCAGAAGUUAUCCAGAGCAAAGGUCAUUGCCGUGCUGUGGACUGGUGGGCUCUUGGCAUUCUCAUCUUUGAAAUGUUGGCUGGGCAUCCACCUUUUUUUGAUGACAAUCCAUUUGGAAUCUACCAGAAGAUUCUGGCUGGAAAACUGGAUUUCCCACGUCAUCUGGAUUUUUAUGUCAAAGACCUAAUCAAGAGGUUUCUGGUAAUUGACCGAGCCAGGCGACUUGGCAACAUGAAGAAUGGCGCAGAUGACGUGAAAAAGCACCGAUGGUUCAAGGCCAUCGAUUGGGAGACUGUUCCGCUGAAAAAAUUGAAACCUCCAAUAGUUCCCAAAGUGUCCCAUGAUGGCGACACCACAAACUUUGAAGUUUACCCCAAUGAUGAAUGGAAAAAAGACCCUUCUGUUCCACCAAGAGAUUUGGAGAUCUUCAAAAACUUUUGACAACUCCAAAUUUGUAUUUAGUCAGGGUAGGGGCGGGGGCAUUGCAACGAACAAGUCCUUUAAGUGUUAAGGGAAUACAGUGGACCCCUGCAUAUUUGCGGUUCAACAUUUGCAGUCACCUAGUUUCAGAUUUAUUUUUUUUCAUCUGUCCUCCAUUAGUUGUGAAAAAACUCACUUUCACUCCCUUUUAUUCUGUAAUGUGGCAAGGUAUUUUUUUUCUGGGCAAAAUACUGUUGACAGUAUGUAUGUAUAAUUUAUGUAUUGUAGUAACAAACAGUUACUAGUUGGCUGCUCAACUGAGCUUCUGUGACAGCAGGGAGAUGGUGGAAGUUCCACCCACAGAUGGGAAAAGGUAGAAACCACAUGCCCCUUUUGCGCGACGUGCUACGGCAGCCCUUAGGCUAGGUGGUAAAGUCGUCAGCGCAUUCUGUGCGCGGACGGAAAGAAAAUCGAAAGAGGAAGGAUGCCGACGAAUUGUGCAGGAUAUGAUUACGUGCCAUACACGUACAACAAUGGAACUGAGGAGUAACCAUUCACAGGUAAAAUUAUUUUUGCGUGAUAUUAAAAAAAUUGUAAUGGAAUACCGUAACUUUCGGCCUAUAGAGCGCACCAGUUCAUUUGUAAACGAAAUACCAUUUGGUACAUACAGACGCCGCACCUGUGGAAAAGCCCCAAGUGCCCACAUUGAAACACGAGAUAUUUACAAAGAAAGACGAUACGCAGUUUUCAAAGUUUUAAUACCUUAGCUUAGCUUAACAUAGCAACAACUCGGUACCAUGAACAGAGCUGGUUUAAAAAAAAAAAAAAGUGUGGUAGCAACACGGUAGCACAGCACUAACAGGGCUGGUUUAAAAAAAAAAAAAAAAACACCUAAAUCACUGAGACGUGGCAGAAGCACAGCAGCAACAUCCUAACACAGCGCUAACAGGGUCGGUUUAAAAAAAAAAACAUACUGGUAAAAAUCACAGACGUGGCAGCAUCACAGCACCAACAUCCUAGCACAGCGCUAACAGGGCCGGUUGGGGGGGGGGGGGGGGGGGAGAUACUGGUAGAAAUUUCUGACACACAGGAGUAAAACACUAACAGCGCUAACAGUACCGGAUUUAAAAAAAAAAAAAAAAAAAAUUGCCGGUAAAAAUCACUGAGACACAGCAGCAACACGCUAGCACAGCGCUAACAAGGCCGGUUCAACAACAACAAAUAUAUAUAUAUUUAUAUAGAUAUAUACUGGUAAAAAUCACUGAGACACGGCAGCAACAUACUACCGCAGUGCUAACAGCACCGUCUUAAAAAAAAAAAAAACAUACCGGUAAAAGUCACUUCCUCGGCAUAUAUAUUCCACUGGUCUCACUCUUUCCUUCUCCGCUCGAGUGCCCCCUUGCGGCCGUUGGAACAAAUGCACAAAUUAGCCACGUCACCCCAUAAACCCUGGGGUUGAUGGCGUGUGAAGAAAAUUGCAGCUUAUAGGCCGGAAUUUACGGUAUAUUGAAAGCACAGGCUUUUAACAUUGACAUGAAAAGAAACCCACAUGAAAAUAGUUUCAGAAAUCAGCAUUUUCCAGCUUAAUUUCACCGUCCAUCCAUUACCUUGACAGGAAUGUCGACCUUCUCAACAUGGCCGUCACGUAGGAACGUCGUUCAGCCGAGCUGCUACAAUCUGCUGACAUAUCUUUGGUUUCCCCAACACACACACAGACUCACUCGCUCACGCCGUUCUUGUCCCACUCAUCCAAUGAUAAAUGGGUUGAGUGCAUAAUAGGUGAGAUGACAGCCCCCACGUCUGCAGCUUUGCAGCGUUAAACUUUUGCUAAACAAAUAAACACAGCAUCAAAACCAAUGUUAUAACAACUCCGUGGAAUGUCACGAAACAUUACAACUGGUUUGCCGUACGGUUAAAUAGUCCUUGUUUUCCACCAAACGUCAUUGCAACAAUAAUUCCUAGUCGUCAUCGUCGUCAUUAGAACUGUUAGCAUGUAUGUACAGGUACUGUACAUAGUGUAUGUGUGUACUUAGCUGGAAGAUGUUUAUUAAUCGUGUUUUUUAAGAGUACAGCAAUGUUUGUGUUUGAAAUGCUAUUUAAGUGUUUUGGGAUCAUAGUUAUCAGUGUAUUUGUGGUUUAAGCUUAAUGUAGGCAGUUCUAAUCACUUUUGGAAACAUCGGUUAUUCACAGAAAUUCGCUAUUUCCGGACGUGCUUCGUCCCCAUCCCCCGCAUAUCGUGGGGGUCCACUGUAUUUAUAUUACUCAAAGUUGGCAUGUUUUACCUCUUUAACUCCGAAUGAGUCAUACUGUAACUUACCACCAAACAUGCUUUUUAUGCACUCAUCCACUUCCCCAACUUUUUAGUAUUAAUCUCUGAGCCUAUACAUGAGAGAAGAAACACGACUGUUAUUUUCUACAUUUUAAAAUGUUUUAUAGUUCAUUGCAAUUGCAUAUUUCUUUAUGACCACUGAACCCUGUGACUUGUUGGCCAGAAUACUUUUUUUGUUGUUGUUGAUAAAAUGCAGCAAAAAAGGUGCCUUAUUUUUUUUGCUACGUUUGUUAGUUUCACUUGAAAAUUUUCCUCAACUCCUCUUUCUUAAGUAACUCAAAAUAAAAGAAAAUAAUAAUCUUCCAGCA